AUACAGAUUCGAGCUUUGAGGAGUUUGGGAACGGAGAGAGAGAGAGAGAGAGAGAGAGGAGGGAGCCGAUGAAGACGGACGAAGAGAUGGGGCCCGACAGGGGCGUGGUGUUCGAGACGGACGACGAGGACAACCUCGCCCACCAGCACGGUGGAUCCGACUGCUCCCCAUCGUCUUCCUCGCCCUCCUCGGCGUCCUCUUACGGCGAUCACAUUGGGGGAGAUCCCAGUUCUUAUCAGACCACCUGGCCUCAGAGCUACAGGCCAUCGAUCGACGUAUUUAGCAGCGUGCCAUCUCCGAGAGUUGGGUUCUUGGCAGGAUCCAGUUUGGUCCGCGUGGGCAGCUCAUUCCUGAGGGCUUCGAUGGUUUCCACCCACGAAGACGAGCUAUCCUUUACCAAACCCUUCGUGUCCUAUGAUUCGGUGACAGGCCACGAUGGACCUGAGGCAAUUCCUCCUCCCGAUGUUCCAAUGAAAAGCUCCUUUGCUUUUGCUUCUUACUGUGAAUUGCCUCCACCACAUCAAUGCUCUGCUGCUCAAGCAGUGGUCAAUGGAAUUAAUGUUCUGUGUGGAGUGGGACUGCUAUCGACACCGUAUGCAGUCAAAGAAGGCGGAUGGCUGGGCAUGCUUUUGCUGUUUUGUCUGGCUUCCAUCUCAUUCUACACUGGUAUUUUGCUAAAGAGAUGUUUGGAUAGCUUUCCCGGACUUAAGACUUAUCCUGAUAUUGGACAUGCGGCAUUCGGCCUGUCUGGCCGCAUAUUUAUAUCAAUAGUACUCUACCUGGAACUUUAUGGGUGUUGUGUGGAGUACAUAAUUCUAGUGAGUGAUAGCUUGACAUUCAUAUUCCCAGAUGCCAGCAUAAGUUUCUUGGGACUUGAUUUAAGCCCUCACCAGCUCUUUGCUCUGACAACAGCCAUCGCAGUUCUUCCGACUGUCUGGCUGAAGAACCUGAGUGUGCUAUCUUACCUUUCAGCUGCUGGGGUGGUUGCGACGAUAUUGGUCAUAAUCUGCUUGCUCUGGGGGGGUGUGGUAGAUCAAAUAGGAUUCCAUCCUGGUGGAAGGGCACUAAAUCUGGUGGAUCUUCCGGUUGCUCUUGGAUUAUAUGGUUUUGGCUACUCUGGCCAUUCGGUUUUCCCAAAUAUAUAUUCUUCCAUGAAGAGACCAUCUCAAUUUCCGACUGUCCUCAUAAUCUGCUUCGUGUUGUGCACGAUUAUGUAUUCUGCGGUAGCUGUGGCAGGGUAUCUGAUGUUUGGUGAUUCUCUUAAGUCUCAGUUUACACUAAACAUGCCUCGCCAAUAUUUGGCUUCAAAGGUUGCAGUAUGGACUACGGUUAUAAAUCCACUCUCAAAAUAUGCAUUGACUAUGACUCCAGUCGCGCUGAGUCUGGAAGAGCUGCUGCCUUCAACUAGUCAAUCCAAUAUAGUCAUGCUCUCGCUCAGAACAUUUCUGGUUCUCUCCACAUUGGUCGUGGCACUUACGCUGCCAUUCUUUGGAUAUGUGAUGGCACUGCUUGGAUCUGUUUUCACAAUGCUAGUGGCUCUCAUUUUACCCUGUUCGUGCUACCUCAGCAUCAAGCGCAGAUCUGUAGAUUUUAUACAGGCUUCAGUAUGUGUUCUAAUUAUCGUGAUCGGACUAGUAAGCUCCUUCAUCGGCUCGAUUUCCUCGAUCAAGCAAAUGGUCAAUCAGUAA